UGGCUGAUGGAUAGUUCCUGAAUUUGUUAUCUGUUGUUUGAUUGGCUGAUGGAUAUUGUGGGCGAGUCCUGUCUGGGUUGUUACCUAUACAGUCUAUGGUUGUUACACGCGCAUGUCGUCAGAUUUGAUUCAGAAAUAUGGUUUGCUGACGCUUAUUUUAUAUUAGCCCUCCAUCAGACAAGUCCUUCAACAUCAACUGAAAGACAUGGACGACCCUUCAGCUCAGUUUCAACACGAGGAUUUGAUUGAUAUUUUAUGGAGGCAGGAUGUUGAUUUGGGGGUGGAGCGAAACAUCUUUGAUGGAUGUCUCCGGCAGAGGGAGGAGGAGACCACGAGAGCAAAAGAAAGAGAGUUAAAAAGAAAGCGAGAGCUUGAAAGGAUAAUGCAAAGAUUACAGAAACUAGACAAAGAAACUGGAGAGUUUUUGCCUAGUCCUUCAUCUGUGACCUCCCAGGCUGUGCCCUUGUCUGAGGCAUUGCAUUCUACUGUGUUUACUCCGCGUUCACCUGUUACCCAGAAUCCCCUGCUGUCUGCAUUGCUAUUCUCUCAGAAGUCUCAGAAGCCUCCUUCUCAAGAGCAGGCUUUUAGUGAACUGCUGUCACUGCCAGACUUACAGUAUUAUUUGGAUGUCUUGGAUUCUGAGGCCUCAAGCUUGCCCUUAGAGGAUAUCACCGAAAUCUGCCACCAGAACCUGCCCGAGCCUCUGAGGGAAAACUCAACAGAUGCGUUAUUAUGGGAUGUCACACAGACAUUAUCAGACUCUUUUGAGGUUGCUCAGACAUUGUCAUCCAUACCCUCUGAUCCGGUAGAGAUCCUGGAAACAUGCAUACAGACAUUCUCAGAUCCAGGAAAUCAUACACCUUCACCUUCAAACAUGAUUUACAGCUGCAGUACCCCUGAGAAUCAAGCGAUUUUACCUAAAUGCCAGAUAAACUCAAGUGAUUCAACCCUCAGUGAGUUUUGCCCAUAUACCAUCAAUAUUAGCUCACUCAGUAAACCUGAACAAUUAAAUAGUGCUCCACAAACACUUUCACAAUUUGAGGAGCGCCACGUUCAGCUGGGUUUUGAUGACUCUGCUUCUGUUGGCUCCAUGGAUUUAGAGACAUCCCUCUAUGCUCCUGACACCUUAAAUAAAGGCCAAUCAGACAAGGAUGAGCUGGAGAGCAUCCAAUCAGAUUACACCGAUCUGCUGCCUUUAUCUCUACAAUCUGAGGCUGUAGAGGCAACGCUCUGUGAAACUAUUACGUAUACACAACACCAAACUCAAAAUGAAUCAACACCUGAAUAUUCACAAAGAGAACCUCAGGCAAAUCUCUCAACCACAAGCGGAGCUGCAGGUGUCCGGCACGUAUAUCGUGAUGAACAGCGGGCCCAAGCCAUGAGUUUGCCGCUUAGUGUACAUGACAUCAUCAACCUGCCUGUGGAAGCAUUUAACGAAGCCAUCAGCUCCUGCAAACUCAACCACACUCAACAUAGCCUCUUCAGAGACAUUCGAAGACGAGGCAAAAACAAGAUGGCAGCCCAGAGCUGUCGCAAACGAAAGAUGGAUGGUCUCAUUGAUCUCGAAGAAGAGAUUGAGGAUCUGAAAAGAGAGAAGGAGGAAAUCAAGGAAGAAAAUGAGAGGAACAUUAGAGAACUUCAUGAGACGAAAGUGAAGCUCAGGAAACUCUACAAUGAGGUGUUCAGACAGCUGAGAGAUGAACAUGGAAACUCCUACAACCCCAGAGAGUACAAACUACAGCACAGCACUGACGGCACGGUUUACCUGCUGCCACGUAGCACAGCCGACAAGACAAAUAUGCCGACAGAGGAUUUACCUAUUGCUGUAUAUCACACCUGAAGUACAGCAAAGCUCUUUUGGUGUUUGUAAGUUGAGACACCAGGGACUUCAGUGUUAGGAUGAUGUGGACUCGAGGAAUCAUUGGCCCUGUUUGUUUCUGGCAUUCACAUUCAUCUCCUAUUGAUUUUGUCAAGGGAGUUUGGUUGAAUGACAGUUUAACCAGUUAAAUUAGCAUCGUCCCCCAGCCGCUAUUUUCAGUCAUGCAGUACAGCUACUGUCUACUUGAAUAGGGAAAGACUGAAAUCACCAAAUUGUUGUCAGUGUUACAUUUAAAUGACAAUAAAAUCUGACAACUAUGGUAUUAUAUAUUUACAUCUACAAUAACUGUUUUCCAUUUUAAUAUAUUUUAAAAUGUAAUUUAUUAGUAAUGGAAAAGCCAUUCCUCCAGUCUUCAGCAUUACACAAUCAUUCCGAAAUCACUCUAAUAAUGCAGAAUUAUUAUCAAGAUUGAAACCAGUUGUGCUGCUUAAUAUUUUUGUAGAAACAGUGAUACUUUUUUCAGACUUCAGUAACACUUUACAAUAAGGUUCAUUAGUUGACUUUAGUUAACAUGAA